AUGUCUACUGGGGGCUCUGGAUCCCCAGAGUCUGCCCGCCCGCAAGGAGCUCGCUCUGCGGGCAUGGCCGAAAGGGCUCCCCGGAAUGAAAGUCUAACGGAUCUUGUGCGCUUUUUCCAAACUCAGAAUGCUCCUGCGGAAAGCACUACUGCCCUGCCUACUUAUCUAUCGCCCGAGAGACCAACGCCGAUACCCGAGGAGCAGCUCACAAAAGAGCUGAAACCAUUACAUCGACGCCUACUUCAGUUUACCCAACGCCAGAAAAAGGAAUCGGCACCGAAAACUAAGAAAGACGAUAAUCAACGACAAAUCGAGGCUCUUCAGCGAGAAGGGUACCUCCUUCCUGCAGCUCCCAAGCGAAGGGAUUCCAAGAGUAGUCUUGAAAGAACCCUGUCCAGAACUUCCAAGACUUCCAAAUCAUCCAAGUCGUCCAAGAUGCAAGACGUCGAAAACAUCGGGCGACCGUGGCUCGAUAAUAAAGGACACAGCAAGACGUCUUCAACGGACACGAGAAGCCGCUUGGCCUCAUUGGACCUCAGUGACUUUGGAUCCCUGGUGGAUGUCGCAGUUUCCAUGACGGACUUCAGUGAACCUUCACCUCCUCCUUAUCAAUCCUCGAUUGCAGGAAGGCCUGCAGCCAAGAGUGACCUGAGCGUGAACCUAACCCCGGCAUCUUUGCUUCCAAUCCCGGUCUCCUCAGAGACUCGCUUCACCAGCACCGAUCCCUCGAUCUCGUCGACCUCGGUUGUGGCCACUCCCGGAAGUUUCUUGAAGAGUGAGCACACCCGACAGCCUUCGACUUCCAGCAACUCAAGCGUUCGCAUUGUCGACCAAGACGCGGCGUCAUCCUUGACUAGCCCCAAGAGUCAACCAGCUAGCCUCGACAAAGUGGGAUCACCGGACCAAUCUAUGAGCAGCGAGUCCAAGUCAGACCAGAGCACUGAGCCUUCUCGAAUAAGUAUGGAAAAUUCGACCACCGGCUCAAUCAGGACUCCCUCGCAGCGCUCUCUGAAACUGUUCCCCGAUGUUGCGCCACCGCGUAUCUCUAGCAAGCAUGCAUGGCGACUAUCGUCGGCACCACAAUACCAAAGGCCUCCUAGCAUAGCGACCUCGAUCAAGUCGAAUCUUUCCACUGAGGCUAAGGAGCUCAUUAAACCUACAGAAGAAAAGCAACAGAAGCCAAAGCCUCCGCCAAUCGCUGCGAAGGUUGAAGCCGAACCCGAGAUUGAAGAUGCUGCUCAAUGCUCUGGUGCUCUCGCAAGACCAGAAAGUUCUGUCGAAAAGCCCACCACAGAAGUAGUUUCUUCUUCUAACACUGUCGACAAAACUCAGAGCAAACCUCGACCUACGUCUUUAGCCCUGGGUACCCUCCAGGCCUUUCCCCUGCCGGCGCCGACAAGGCCCCUGCCGUCCAUCCCAAAGCCUUCGCGUGCACCACCAGGAACCCCCGAUAAAUCUCGCCUCACAAUACAAAUGGCUCGACCGAAGACAAAGGGUAUGGAUCUACCCCCUGGUCAACCUUCGCCCAUAGCAGAAGAUCCUCAUGAGCCCGAAGGUCAAGAAACCCGGUCUGCAACCUCAUCAAGUUUUGUUGGCGAAGCAGACUCCAUUGGGGAUGAUGGCAAUAGCCAAUCGCCUGCUUCAAUUGAGCGACCCCAUUCGACAUCGCCAGAACAACCAGGGCCUCGGAAACGCGCUUCCAGCGUACGCAUUCCUAAGAUGCAGGAUCUGGCCGAGUCAAGCAGCCCAGAAGGAGAACCAGUCGCAGACUCGCCUGUUCUAGGCCAAAUGACACCGAGCAAGCCUCGUGGGAAACGAGCUUCUCGCAAAGUUCUCCAGAUCGACCCAAAUGUCGACCGCAAAAAUCUCCCCUUUGGUCUUCCUUCUCCUCCCCAAGCGGAGCCCUUCCACCCGAUCCAUCUCUACAAACGUCAAACAAUCGGAUUAAAUCCCAAAGGAACAUAA